AAUUAAGAGCUAUGGAAACUUAUUUUAGAAGACAAAAGGGGAAAAGCAGUUUGAGCUAAUGAAUUCGAAGAGACCCACAAGAUUUUGGAAGAACACUCGUUUGCAUAAAAUGCGUUGAAAUUUAUAAAUAAUAAUUUCAUUGCGUUUGCAGUUGCUUCAAGAACUCUCUAGACUUGCUUUUCAACGGGUAAUUUUCAAGAAAAAAGAUGAGAUCCAACAUCGUUACGGAGGCAGGAUUGCCAACAAGGGUGGGGCAGUGGUGGGAAGGCAUUCCAUUCUUUACUUCCUCGAUUAUACUCAUCUGUGGAACCAUUUACUUGGUAUGUCUCUUGGUUGGAUAUGACUCAUUUGUGGAAGUAUGUUUCUUACCUGCGGCAAUCCUAUCACAUUUUCAAGUUUACAGGAUUUUUACGUCUGUUCUUUUUCACGGUUCACUACUUCAUGUUUUAUUCAACAUGUUGGCUUUAGUACCUCUGGGUUCUGAACUAGAGAGAAUCAUGGGAUCAAUUCGCAUGCUCUACCUGACAAUUCUCCUAGCCAUAAGCAAUGCUACUAUUCAUCUUUUCAUCGCAGUUGUCAUGGCUCAUAACCCCUUUCAUCAUUAUGACAACCUUAUGAACGAGUGUGCCAUAGGAUUCUCUGGAAUUUUGUUUUCAUUGAUUGUUAUAGAGACAAGUUUGAGUGGUAUUCAAUCCAGGAGUGUUUUUGGCCUCUUUAAUGUUCCUGCUCAAUGGUAUGUGUGGAUUUUGUUGGUGGUAUUCCAGCUUCUAAUGACAAACGUCUCGUUUCUAGGGCACCUCUGUGGCAUAAUAACUGGAUUUGCAUAUAUUUAUGGGCUAUUAAACUUUCUUUUACCUGGAACGUCCUUUUAUUCUGCUAUGGAGUCUUCCUCUUUGCUUUCUUCUUGUGUGAGGCGACCUAAAUUUAUUCUGUGCACCGGUGGAAAUCCCUCUGCCCAACUUCCAACAUAUUCUGGCCAAAAUACCACGUCCAGUGGCCUCUCCGUUCCUAAUGUUUGGAGAAAUUUAUCUUCAUGGAUGCCUCGCAGAGAAACGGUCACUGAGCCACAACAACAAGACAACAGAUUUCCUGGACGUGGAAGAACGCUUGGUUCCACUCAAAACCAAAGUGCUCCUGCUGGUGAUUCAGAGUUUAACUUGCAAACUAGGUUAUUGGAUAGGAGCUCUGCAGAUCGUCAGUCAUCUGAUGGAAGGCAAAACGAUAGCGCAGUAGUGGAUCGGGCAACCCCAAUGCAAAACCAGAGAUCAGUUGCCUCUGAUGCAGAGAUUCAAAAAUUAGUAUCAAUGGGUUUUGAAAAGACCCAAGUAGAAGUUGCGCUGGCAGCCGCUGACGGGGACAUUAAUAUAGCAGUUGAAAUCCUUAUGAGCCAAAAGGAUUAGUUGAAAAUAGCAACCAAGUAAUUCAGCUUAUGCCAUAGAUUUUUUAGUGGCUAUGGGAUUUUCUUCACUUAUUUUUGGCUGUAGUUUUCAUCUUGCAUUGUAUAUUCCUAGGAACCCUUUUAGGCUUUUAGGAGAUAUGUGGUCAAAUCAUGAAAAUGUGAAUGCAACUUUAUCAGUAGGGAAGGUUGAUUGAAAUGUAAUUAGCUAGUUAAUACUGUUUUUAGGUUCUGCUUUGGCUGUCUUUUCCUAGAAGGAUAAUAUGUCGAUGACAUAGAAGAGUGUUUAGUGGAUGUUUAGGAUUGAUUUUAAAAUUGUAAUGGCUAAAAUCACUUGAAAUAUGCCUUCAAUCAUAAAAAAUUAAGUUAAUAUUUACACUUUUAAUAUAAUUUUCAUUUCAUCAAAA